AUGGAUCCCGGACUGGAUCACAAAUACGCCCCGGCGAACUAUAACCACCUGGCCAGUAACGAUAGAGUCUUAAUCGCCAAAGCUUACAUCUUCGACACAGUCAAAGAGGUAGGCAAGGAAUUGUUCCAAUCCUGUGACCGCAUCGAGUACUUGCAGGAGUUGUCGAGAUUCGUUCAAUCACGGAAGACCUAUCCCACUGGGGAAAUAAUUGAAGAUCUCGUAUGGAAGAUCCCCAUUGGCGACUCUAUCGAACCCAUAUCUCCAGACGGUGAUAGAGUCAACUUCCGUGUGGCGUACCAAGCUUUUACAGAAUACCUGCAGCUCGCAGAGCAGGGAAAGGACUGGAAGAUGGAGAUCAUGCAAGCCCGUGCAAUGGCGAAGAUCAAAACUUCCUCUUUCACCCACAGGAACUCAGGCAGUCGUUAUGGCCCUAUCUCCAAACCGCGCUAG